GGGUUAAUUGUUAACAACUUGUGGGCUGUAGAGAUGACUUGUGAAGUUUCCAAGUAUGACAUCGCAGCUCUGAUGGCCUUGAUUGACAUGAUCAGGAUCAACUGGACAGACAGACUAGAGAUGUACAAGCUGCUGCUUGCGUUACUGGCGGACUACAACCCCACUGUCCAUGGAAACAGGGAAAAGACCGUAAGAUACCUUCGACUGCUGAUUUCUGACAAGGUUAUUGCAAAAUGUGUUAUAAAGUCAUUGCCAUUGGGUGUAAGAGAGACGCCUGCGAGUACACAAAACAUUCCCAUCAAGAAGAGGCUGAGCAGCAGAUUUUGCUUGCGACAAAAGAGAUCCCCCAUCCAGUAUCUACAUUCCAAAUUGAAGAACUUUGCCGUUCCAAGAUGUCUAGAGAAAGAAAAAUCAACACAGGUUAAACCAGCUGCAGAAUCUGAAAAAUGCCCAUCUAACAAUGAGGACCAAUCACCACCUGAUUCAACUGAAGAGGAGUUUCCUCAGCCGGAAGUUGUUUUAGCUGGGUCAGUGGUGUCGAAGACAUGUCAAAUACCUGAUCAGAUGCAAGCAGAACCCAUCACAGCUAGUAAGCAUCAAGUUUAUCAACAACAAGUUAAUCCUAAAGCAGUUGAAGGAACAUGUCAGCAAGCUUCUUCCAACUAUGUUAGCAUGAUGUCUCAGCUCCCCUUCCCCUACCAGCACCACAUAUAUCCCACAGCACCAGGGCAGCUGGUGGCCUACCCACACAUGAUCACCAAUUGUACGGGUCCACCAUUGCCUUGGAGACCGGUUCCUUUCCUGCAAACCUGUGCACAGUCAGGGCCUCAGGUAGGAGCUGUUGCAACAUCAGAAUCAGAAAGUCUCCUUGAUCUAUCCUUGAAGCCUGGUAUGAAUAUUUCAACUGAUGAUAAGCAUACAUUGAGGAGAAAGCCUUCCAAUGUUGGAGUCGCAAUACCGGUUAAAAGAAGUGCUUCUAUGUCUGCCGUUGACAAAAACUCUGUGAAAUCACCAAAGGUCAUGAGAAUUUCAUCCUCCACUGAUUUGACACGCCAACGAUCAUAUUAUAGAACAACACCAGCAACAUCUUCAGUCUCUUCUAGUUCAAGAGAGUUGAGGAGCGUUGAAGCAUUGUAUCCCCACCCACCGACGUUCUGUGGUCAAGGAGUAUCACCCCAUCUUCUGGCUCUCCAUCAGCUAACAUCUACAGUUAGAGGACCUGCAAUUACCUACCCAUCACUUCUGCCCUACUACCAAACAACAACACCACAAGUCCUUGCUGCAACACAAAAAUCAGCCACUACAACAAACUCAUCCAAGGAGUCCAAUGUAAAUAAUCAUCUUUUUACGUCUUACGCAUGUGCUUUAUCAAAAUCACAACUGAUGACUGUCGAGCCAAAGACCCAGGGGAAGUCCUUCCCUUACAGACAUCAGAUGGAAUUGUCCAAUGGAUGUAGACCUGUUGCUGAAAUUUCAUUAGAAAAAAACACUGCUAUCGAGAACACACAGCUUAAAACACUGGAAGCCGUUGGUCUUACUAUUACAGGUAGCAAUGUUUCAGAGUCCAAUCAGAAAAACAUGGAGGAUUUGUAUUCAAACUUGUCGAAUAUGGAAAUGAGCAGAGACCCUAAAACGAAGCAAGUCAAAAUUAAGCUAGACAAAACAAGCAGUGGACAUUUCCUUGCUGAACUGUUAAAACUUCAGGCUACUGGAAAUAUCACUCACCAACCCCUGUCAGUGGAAUCUAAGGCUACAACAAACGUUCCUAUUUCUGUGAAACGUAAUGAUACCUCUGAUACAUGUUAUAGAACACCUACUGACUUGCCAAGAAAAGUGCUAAUGCCCAGGUCUAUUCAGACUGUUCCCAGGAAUUUGCUCUUUGGAAAUGUGCAUGCUCCAUUAUAUUCAGCAAGUUCUAAAAUGGCUCCAUUCAAGCAACCUGGCAGGAACCAGUACCAGAGUAUCUAUACCGUCUCCAAUAAAGGUCACUCCCUGGGUUCUGUAAAACCUCUCACUACUAUAGGCAGUGAGUAUACACCGGCCACGUCAGAAUAUCUUAAUUCUGUACCAUCAUUUGCAAAUUCCAACAAAACUUAUCCGGAAAGUAGAAGUAUUUACUCUGAGAAAACUUUCUUUCAAGCGUUGAAGGAUCGACUGACUGAAGUUGACAGUGAAAUUAAGACAUCAACAUCAGGGGUCAUGAGAAGAGCUUCUGACACUGAUCUUGUUUCAUUUGAUGGAGAGAACAUGGAUCUGAGAAAAUGGACAGUGGCAAACAGCUCUUUAACAAGUGAACAGGGGCGAAUUACACCAAGAAUAUCAGAGGCUUCAAUAGCUUCAACACAUUGGCAAACACCCAUGUCUAUCGAAAAACUUGAACUAGUGCCAAAACCUCAAUUGUCUAUACCAACAGCAGAGCACACAUUCUCAAAGCAAAUUCAACAGUCUGAGCUGGGAUUUACCCAGCCAAACUCCUUCUUCCCAGAUAUGCCUCUAACACGUAGCCUGAGUCUUGGCCAUUUGGAGGCGAGUCACAUCUUCUCUGAGCCCAGUUCCGGGACAUCUUCUGUCCAUCUGUCUCCUUACCUGCUGGGCAUGCUUCCUGACAAGAUGACCGACUCCGACAUUGACAGUGAUGAUGUGUUUAUGUCGUAGGUUAUCUGGCUGCAGCCAACCAGUAAUAGGUGCUCUUGGGGUCAUUGUUUCAGUCAUAAUAUUUUAUAAUGAUUUAUAGUAUACACACAAGUGCAUGUAUUUAGUUGUGCUUUUUAUUAUUUUGUGUGGCAAUUUAUUUAUUCUUUAAAGAAAAUGUAAAAACUGUUUAACAUGACUGACAUGACAUGACAAGAAUGAAUUGUAAUAUGAUGCAAAAUUAAAAUUUCAAGUUGAAUAUUGUUUCUUACACGAGGUCAAAAGGUUAUUCGACAGUAUCAUAUUAUGGCAUUCUACUUGUUGUUGGUAUCAUCAUGGACCAGUUUGGGUGUACAACAAA